AUGAAGAAGAAAUCGCCAUCAAAAGAAAUUUCUCCUGUAAAAAGCAGUUCAAAUCUUUCACAAUCAGUAAUCAAAGACAUUGCCAAGAUAUUAAAAGAUAAAAAUGAAAAUUUCCACUUUGCAAUUUCAUCAAAUUCAGAUUCUUCAAAUACAAUCUAUGCAUUGUCACAACAUUUGAUUCUUAAAUGCUUUAGUGAUGAUAAAACUAAACUAAUACAAGAAGAAUCUACAAUAAAUUUAUUAGACAUCCAAGAAAUGCAAUUAGACGAGAGCUUCUUAAGGAUUAUUGCUGGCGAUAAUGAAUUAAUCUUAAAAUCUCCAAAUAUUGUUGAUUUUGCAAGGUUAUUAUAUCGUAAUCUUUCAUUUAUUCAUUUUGCUCAUUCAUCAGAACAAAAACCACAAAUCCAAUGCUACGACAAGUCACUGUUACCUCCAUUCAAUCCUCCGCUUUCUCUUUCUCAAAUUUUCCAGUUUUUCUAUUCAUCUUUUUUGAAUUAUGCAGAUUUACCUUACGACCACCGACCGGUUAUGUAUUUUCACUAUUUACUCUCAAAUUCAAUACCGAUUUUUGAUGUUUCAAGAUUACCUCAAAAUGUCUCGGAAUUUUUACCAGCCGCGUUGUUUUCCAUGAUGUCUUUCCCCAACAUCAAAGGAUUUGUGUGUCAUGAUACUCCAUUUCGAGUAGUUUUCGUUGCAUUAUAUCAAAUGUUGUCAAUUCAUCCAAAGAACUUAGCCUUGCUUCAUAUUAAUAACUGUGAUGCUGAAACAUCCAACUUCGAUGAUUUUUGUCAAGUUUUGGCCUCAAAAGAAUUUCCAUCUUUGGAAUAUUUGGAUUUAUCUGACAAUUUGAUCAAUUCUAUACAGCCAUUCGUCGAAUUACUUGAGAAUUGCAAGUUCCCGCUCGUCCAUUUGGGAAUUUCCAACUGUAAUUUGGAUGAAAUUUCAACAAAAACGUUAUUUACAAGUUUGAUCAAAAAUACAAACCUCAAAAAUAUUUCGGAACUUAAAAUAGGGGGCGCUGUCUUCACAAAAGAGUCUUUAAACUUAUUUGAUAAAUUUUGUCAGAUAACAAACCUCAAAAAGCUUGAUAUAUCCGGUACAAACUUCCCAGAUCAGCUAAUGAACAUACUUUUGAACAGAAAACAGCCAAUUUCCCAUUUGAAUAUUUCGAAUUGUCAAAUCAAUGAAUAUUGUUAUUCCACGUUACUCAAACUGAUAUCUACAUGUGAUACAUUGACUUAUCUUGAUAUCAGCCGUUGUUCUUUCUCUGGUUCCAGACUUGGAAAUGUUAUAUCAGCGAUUGGACAGCGAAAUGGAUCAACUCUAAUAUUGGAUGAGCUCUUAAAUGAUGAUACAGCAGCUGUUGAGAUCGCAAGAGGCUUUAUUUCAUCACCUCCUGGAAAUAUCAAAAAAUUAUCUCUGAAAAGAUGCAAUUUCACAGAGAAUUUGCAGAAACUCAUAUCGAAUAUCGUGAAAACAUUCAAAGUAGAAGAGGUUUUCAUUGAUAAUCCUUCAGAAGACUGCCAAAAUUUCGUUAUUGAGUUAUUAUCAUCAGGAGUUAAGCGUUUGAGUGCUGUAAACACCAUUUCCAGGUAUUCCAUGAAUGUCAUUAAUAACCUGGCCACUUCAAAAUGCGAAUUCAUCGACUUAUCCUAUAAUAAUAUGUCUGAUGAUGAAAUUUUGAAGAUUUUAUCAGCGAUACAGAUAAAUCAUACGCUCGGAUCUGUAAAACUCAGUGGAAACAACAUCACAAAUGAAGAGACAAUGAAGAAAAUAUGCGAAACAACUAAAAAAUACCAAAAAAUUACAAAUUUGUUCUUUAAUGGGUCAGAUAGCUUCGAUAUUGAUAACUAUCAGUAUUUCCUUGAUAUGUCUGCUUCAGUGGAUUCGAAUAGAGCUCAAAAUAAUGAUCAUUUCGAAGUUUGUCUCGAUUAUGAUAUUUCUCAUCUGAUUAUUUCGUCGUCUUCGUAUUUAAAGGGCGAAAACAUACACACGCAUUCAACUAUAGGCGAAUUCCUUGGUCUUCCUUAUCCGUUUUCGAAAGAAUCCUUUGCAAAUCUUAAUAAUAAAAUUAUUUUCAAGGAAUACCAGCUCGAAAUGGGCCAAAUCGAAGAGGAAGAUGAUAUCUGCUCACAAAACGUCUUCCUGCAGAAGAACAACAAAGAAAUCGAAAAAAUUUCGUAUAAUUUGAACGAUGGACCAUUUUAUCCUGUUUCUCUACAAGUUAGGACCUUCAAACAAGAUUCCGAUGAUGAUUUCUCAACAGCUAAAAUGAAUCUCCAAAAUCCGAAAAGUAAACUCCCUGCGUUCGACGAUUCUUCCUCUUCUUCUUCCUCAAGUUUUCAAAUUGAAAAAAUUGAGAAAAGCGACGAUGAUGAGAAAAGUGACAAAAUUAUAAAAAGUGACAACGAUGAGAAAAGUGACAACUUCAAAAGUAAUGAAGUUGUUAUUCAUUCUAUUCCGGAAUUAGAUGAACAAAUAAAGAUGAUUCCUCCAAUAGAAAAUGAAAAAAUUAAAGAUAUUUCCGAUGAUGAUUCAAAUUCAAGCUUGGAUGAUUACUUGAACACGAAUCAAUUACCAGAAUAUACAGCAAACAUGUUUGCAAACAUGGUUGAGAAUCCAAAACAGCCACAUGAAAGAGAUAUCAAAUUUGAUGAAGAAUCUGCUUCUGAAUCCGAAAAUACUGGCUCAGAUGAAGAUGACCAUCCACCAAAGAGAAUAGAUUUCACACAAAGUACUGAUUCUGAAGAAGAAAAAAUAAAUAUUCCUCCGAAACUUCAACAAAAGCCCCAAAAUAAUGAACAAAUAGAUAACAAUAGUGAAACAAGACCCACAGAGAAGACAUCUAUGAGUUCAACAAGGAAAUCUUACAGAGCUUACAAAUCUCUUGACGAAGAAGUGAAUUUGUCAAGUGAAAUUGUUGAUAUUCCUCCUCCUGAAGACAUAACACAAUCAACAAUUUCAAGUGGAUACAAGAGACCGAUGUUUUACGAGAGAUUUUCAUUUUUGUAUGAUAAACUCAAAGAUAACAAAGAACAACCACAAAAACAACGUUCUCCUGCAACUAAGCAAACUCCAGUUAGAGGGAAAUCACAAGUUAAUAUCAAGAAAACUCCAAAUAAAAUAAACAAACCAAAACAGACAACGCAACAGAAGAAAGACCUUGAAAGAGAGAAAGAUGCACUGGCAUUAGCUCUCUCUUCACCAAUCAUUGAUUCAGAAUCAGAUGUUUAA